AUGGCGCGGCGUCACGUGCAGCACCACUCGCCAAAGAGUCACCGCCCUAAACCUCCUCAACCUCACCCUCUCCGGCUCCAUCACUCCCCACCUCGGCAACCUCACUUUCCUGAGGCUCUUGAACCUCAACAACAACUCCUACUCCGGCCGCCUCCCCCCCCCGAGCUCGGCCGCCUCAGGAGAAUCCAACACAUCUCCCUCAGCAACAACUUGAUCGAGGGAGACCUCUCUCCUUCUCUCGCAAACUGCACCAACCUCCUCUCCCUCGUCGUCUCCUACAACAGACUACGCGGCGCCCUGCCCUCGGACCUCGGCUCUCUCUCCAAACUCGAGCUGUUCUCCAUCAGCAGGAACAGCUUCAGUGGCGCCAUCCCGGACACUUUAGGCAACCUCUCGUCUCUUACGAGACUAUACUGUGGCUCGAACGACCUCUCAGGCAGCCUCCCCGCGUCAUUAGGCCGUCUAGCAAAGCUGGAGCUCCUUGCAUUUGGUGAGAAUGUGAUCACAGGGGUCAUCCCACCUUCUGUUUUCAACCUCUCCAAAAUCACGGUUUUCGAUCUUGCAGCCAACCAAUUCGGAGGCUCUCUGCCCUCUGACCUGGCUUCUCUUUUCCCCGGUCUUGAUUUCUUCAGCGUGGGGAUAAACAUGUUGGAGGGCUCGAUUCCUCCCUCGUUGUCCAACGCCACGAGUCUGAGAUAUAUACAUGUCGGAUACAAUCAGCUGACAGGGGAGGUGCCUAGUUUCAUGAAGCUGAAUAAGCUCACUGUGUUGGCCCUUUCCGGGAAUAUGUUGGGAAGAGGAGGAAAGGAUUUGAGCUUUGUCGCCUCGUUGAAGAAUGCUACAAACUUGGUAAGUUUAGGCCUAGAUGGAAACGGUUUUGGUGGGGAACUGCAUCCUGCAUUUUGGAACCUUUCCACUGCCAUUUCGAGGCUGUUUUUGAGCCAGAAUCAGAUUUCAGGCACUGUCCCAAACGACGUGGGAAAAUAUGUCGAACUGCGGGAUCUCCGGAUCAACAUGAACAGGCUCGUAGGCGUGAUCCCUUCUAGCAUUGGUAAACUUCGAAACCUGCAGUUCUUGGACUUGUCUAGCAACGGAUUCUCGAGCAGAAUCCCCUCUUCUCUGGGGAAUUUGAGUCUUCUCAUUUAUAUGUAUCUUUCCUACAAUAAUUUUGGAAGUUUCAUACCAUCCAGCAUUGGAAAUUGCCAGAAGCUGUUGGAACUGAACCUAACUCGAAACAGUUUGACCGGUUCUUUACCUAAAGAAGUUGUGAGCAUCCCUUCGUUGAGAAGCAUUGAUCUUUCUCAAAACCAACUGAAUAGCACUCUUCCUGCAGAGAUUGGAAGCCUCAAGAAUCUCGAGUACUUGAAUAUUUCAAAUAAUCGAUUCGUAGGCAACGUGCCUAGUAGUAUUGGUGGCUGUGUGAGGUUGGAGUUCCUCGACUUACAAGGGAACUCCUUCCAAGGAAACAUCCCUUCAAGUCUCAGCGCGUUGAGGGGGCUUCAAGUUUUAGACCUUUCGCGCAACAGAUUUGAUGGCCUUGUUCCUGAGUACUUGGCAGAGUUCAGCUUGUUAGCCUUGAACUUGUCGUUCAACGACCUUGAAGGCGCGUUGCCUCAAGGUGGCAUGUUCAAGAAUGCAAUCGUGGUUUCAGUAGCGGGGAAUCCUAAUCUCUGUGGAGGUGUGCCUGAGCUGAGACUCUCAAAAUGCAGCCUUAAACGUCACAAGAAAUCGAGUUUGAAGAUAGUGAUCCCUACAACAUUAGUAGUAGUACUAACUGUCAUUUCCGAUGGUGCUCUCGUCUUUUGUUGUCUGAAGAGAAGGAAGCCUCCGCCUCCGUCUAAUCCAUUUGACAAUUCUCUGAUGCAAGUGUCGUACCAGACGCUUUCACAAGCCACGAACGGAUUUUCUGAAGAUAGCUUGCUCGGUGUUGGCAGCUACGGAUCAGUGUACAGAGGAACUCUCGGAGAAGACAGGAAGCCUGUUGCAGUGAAAGUGUUGAACCUUUCACAGCGUGGAGCGGUGAAAAGCUUUGCAGCCGAAUGUGAGGCGCUGAGAAACGUCAGGCAUCGGAAUCUUGUGAAAGUGAUCACAGCUUGUUCUGGCUUCGAUCUCCAGGGGAAUGACUUCAAGGCCUUGGUUUACGAGUUCAUGCCUAAUGGCAGCCUCGAUGAGUGGCUGCACGAAGAUAAGAGACGAGGACAGACCAGGAGACUAGGCCUAGUUCAGAUGCUCAGCAUCACCAUAGAUGUUGCUUGUGCAGUUGAUUAUCUGCACCAGCAAUGUGCAACGCCUAUUAUUCAUUGUGAGAUCAAGCCUAGCAACGUCCUUCUAGACAAUGAUUUAGUCGGGUGUGUUGGUGAUUUCGGGCUAGCAAGAUUCCUCGUUAAAGCUACGGACAGUUCUUCAACACAUCAGCAGAGCUCCAGUCUCAUCAGAGGCACUGUUGGCUACACUGCUCCAGAAUAGGGGUUUGGAGGCGAGCCAACAACGUAUGGUGAUGUAUACAGCUUCGG